CAUAUUUUUAUAGGGCUAACUAUCUGCACUUCAAGUGUAAGUAAACAUUUUUUUUCGCAGUCGGUCUUCUUGAUUUUUCCAACAUUUUAAUAAUUUAUCAUUAUUGAGACAUAAACUAGCAGACCAACUGUUCUUCUGGGCAAGUGUCUGUCCAGUGGUAAUAUGGCCAAUCUUUGGCAUUAUCCUGCCCUUUGCAGUCCUGUAAAGGGCAGCACUGCAAAGGGCAGUUUAUUUUAUAUAAUUUAAAAAAUAUACUUACCUAACAAUUUCUCUUCCAGAUCCCAAUCAACCUCCCAAACAAUGAGCAUAUAGAAACAAAAUGGACUCCUUCAAGAUACUCUUAUUAAUCCUCUUAGCAGGGGCAUGCAAAAGCAAAUCCCUAAGCAUAGACAAGUACGUCAAAAAACUAAACGAAGACUAUGCAUAUUUCCGAAUGACACUUGCAGAAAUGGCCUGGAAUACCACAGUCAACACCAGCCUAGUUUUUGACAAUACUAAAUUACUGGUAGAUCAAGGGAAACUAGAGAAAAUUGCUUGUAAUUAUCUGACUAUGCUGUUUGCUCAAAAUUGUUUUAAAGAUUUGAUGAGACAGACGUAUUUGUUUUGCCGAGGACCCAAGUACGAUAUGAAUGAUUUAAGAGCUUUACAAAUACAUUCUCGAAAAAUGCAAACAACAUUCAUGAACGGCGAAAUAUGCAUACCGACUGAGGAAUACACAUCUAAAGACAACACAACACAAGUCGUCAACGCCAUCUAUUACUUCUUAUCGAAACUACGGCACGCCGUAGACGCGUCCAUUUCAAAAGACGCUUAUUACAUAUACACAGCUAAAUACGUUAUUUCUAAUACUGAAGAUUUUAAAGAGAGUGAGAAUCGAGUGUGCCUGAAAGGGUACGAAGACUUUCAUAAGAUUAUGAAGUUUACAAGUGAUCAUGUGGUCUUGAAAUGGGUGUAUAUUGUUUGGAGAGAGCUCAUGUUGCCGGCAAAGGACUCUUAUGUUGAGUUCUCUAAUAUUUUGAAUGUAGCUGCCCAGAAAUUUGGAUACCGUAACUACGGUGAAGUAUGGCGUGAAGAACUUGAAAUACCUGACUUGAAGUCAAUGAUAGAAAAAAUACAGCCUCAUAUACAUGACCUAUAUACGUUAAUACAUGGAGUGCUGAGACACCAACUAAGAAAAUUUUACGGCGAUAUUGUACCAGAACAAGGCGCCAUACCCGCUCAUUUACUUGGUAGCCUUUGGGGCAAUGAUUGGAGCGUAUGGCUUGAACGGUCCCUACCCCAUAUUGAAGGCGUAGAAAAGAAGAUUAAGAAAAAGAAUUGGACGAUGGAACACAAAGUCGCUUUAGUCGAAGACUUGUAUUAUUCAAUGGGCCUGCACGCAAUGUCACAUAAGUUUUGGGAAAAUUCUAUUUUUGAGAAAGGAAACAAUACAAACAUAGACUGUUUCGGUGCUGCCGCAGACAUGUACAAAAAUAACUAUGACGUCAGAAUAUUAUACUGCUCUGAAGUUGAGGAUGAAUUUAACGUGUUACACCAUGAGAUGGGACAUUUAGAGUACUUUAUGUAUUAUGCGGAUCAACCGACAGUAUACAGGUCAGGCAAUUCAGCUUUCCACGAAUCAAUAGGAGAAGCCGUUUAUUUGGGAGCAGUAACGCCACAACACCUGAACAGAAUAGGUGUCAUAGACGAUUACGUAUUAUUCUCAACUGAAGAACAAACCAGAAGCAAAAACAAAAGAAGCGGAGAAGAAGUCACAUUAGGUACUGAAAGUACCAUCGGUACUACAGAUACUACACAGACAACUGAUGGUAUUGACACUACUACUUAUGAAACAACUACAGAAUAUGGUGAAGAAGAAACAGAUGAUAUAGUUUACCCACGUCUUUUUGAAGAAGAAAUUCUUUCAAUAGACAUGAUACUACUCCUGCAGAGGGCAUUCAAAAGACUGCCAUCAAUAAUGCUUUCUUUAGCAUUAGGUGAACUAAGGUGGGACAAUUUUGGUGCAACGAAAAAGGUUAAUACAGAUUUUUGGCUGUUAAUUGAAAAAUGGCAGGGUAUAAAACCUCCUGUGGCAAGGAACGAAGAAUAUUUGGAUGCUACGGCCAUUUAUUAUAUAACUCAUAAUAUACCCACAAUGAGGUAUUACUUAAGUGAGUUUAUCCAACAUCAGCUUUUUGAGAGGAUGUGUAUAGCUUCGAUUUAUGGUACGCCGACGAGUGCAGAAAAACUACCGGAUUCAAUGAAGCUGACACGCUGCGAUAUUUACGGAUCAAGAGCAGCUGGGAAAGUCCUUACAGAAUUCAUGUCACCGGGGAAUUCGUUACAUUGGCGGGAACUCCUGAAAAAGUCGACUGGUUUAGAAGACAUUAGUGGAGACGCUAUUGAAAGAUACUACAAACCACUUACUGACUUUCUAAGUCUAUAUGUAUGGAGACACGGCAUUCCCAUUGGCUGGUGAUUUGUCCCAGCCUAAAUGUAUUGGUA